AUGUUACGCAAACAAAACAAGGUCAUUACACCUGACGUGGACAAGACGCCGUGGUUACAUAUCGUGAAAUCUGGUCAGGUGAAAGUGGUCAGGUGCCAGUAUGUCGCUGACGUCAGGGCUGACUCUAGUCCCAGAGAAGGGGAGGCAACUCAAGGGAGAUCAUCCUCAUCCACACACGCUCAAGCAAUGUUGGGUAAUUUAACCAAGCAAAGAAGACUGAGGAAAAGAAACAACAUUUCACUACCAGAGCUGAUGAGGCGUCAUGUACCACGAGGGGGUAGAGACGGAGGCAAGAAGUCUCUGAGUGCCGCCCCCACCCCGGGGUACGAGGUCCAGGUAGCGGACCCACAUUCUGGCGGGAGUUUGAGACUGCGUGGCGAGUCGGCUACUGUCCUGCCCGCCAUUACUGUCAGCUUUCAAGACACGGAGCCACCGCCCCCUGAUAAACCCAGCUCAGCCAAUGAGAGUUUAAGAUUGGAAACACCAAUGGAGCGAUUGGCCAGACAGCCACAGCGUGUGUUCCUCACUCGGGAGAAGACGACGGCCGAGCCGGAAGUUUUGCCGGAAAAGUUGAGACGGGAAAAGCCGGUGCGAGCCACGUGUGUGCAGCUGGACGUUCUGAGACCAGGGGACAUUUUUGGUUUGGAAGAUGUUGCCAAGAAGUUGAGGUUUGACACUGGAGAUAUGGAUGAGGAGGAGACUGAUAGAUCUUUACCAGAAAUUCACCCCCUCAACUCGUUUGGAAAAAGUUGCUUUGGUGAGUGACGGGGCAGAGGUGGUGAAGGUCAGCAAACGAUGUUUCCUGCAACACGCUAAAAACAACACGAUCCUUAAAGUGGAUAUCAUGCAACGAUCUUACCUGAGCCCAAACGAGGCAAGUGACCUACUCAAGAGUCAGGACAAUUGGCUGAUGUACAAGACGGCCUUAAUGAAGCGUCUUCUGGCCAAUCUAACCAGGUAGUGACGUCACGGCACCUGGACGAUCAGCUGGCCAGGUCUGGGAGUUGUCAAGUCAAGAAGUUGUCUGAGCAUGUCAAGAAGUUGUCUGACUCCCAAAUUCAAACUAUAGCCUACUUUGCCAUUGGCAAUGAUCACGAUAUAUGGCUGCUCCCCAAAUGGCGGACAUUAAGUAUAUGUUUAUAAAAAAAUCUAACCCAGUAUUAAAUGAACUAUUUUACACAUAUUUUCAAGUCAAUAUUUUGGCAUUCGCUUUUGAGCUUACACUACAAGCACAUUCCAUCUCCUUCAUAAUAUUU